CCUUGUUCUGAUCGUUGUCGGCCGCGCCUGCGACGACCUGCGGCUCAUCCCUCCUGCGUCCCAGCCUCCCCACGCCGCCGUGUCCCCAUCUCGUCCAUGUCGGCGACGUCCCAGAGCGCCCUAAACCAGAGGCAGUUCCAACCCCCGUCGUCUAGCCGCCACUCCAAGAUCACUGUCGAGUACCACCGCCCCAGCCGCGAGUCCAUCCAGGAGUACAACGAGCUGCUCGCAGAGGCCAACCUCCACGCCGCGGCCGCAGACGGCUACCAGGACCCAUACCUACCGUCCAGGCAGGCGCCCGCCCCUCCCCCAUCCAAGAGCAGGGUCCGCAACUCUCUCCAGAAGCCGCCACCACCGCGCAAACACAGCCUGACCGCCUCCAGCGUGUCCAAGAGCAUCGACCGCGAUCCCUUCGCCUCCCACCGCUCCAUCAGCAACGGCAGCGCCCCCCCUGCGACCAUGAACGGCACAGUGCCUCCUCCUCGCCCAUCGCGGGCCAACACCGCCAACCUGACCGACCUCUUCCCCAACCAGCGCAACACCGCCAACCCACGCAUCUCCGAUCCGAUAAGCUUGCCGCUUGACACGGUCUUUUACGUCGACGACCAGCAGCAGUCCCCGCAGCAACUCUAUCCCGCAGCCCCGCCAGUCCCGGCCGCCCAGCCCACCCAGCCCACCCAGCCCGACACCUUUGACACGCAGGGCAUGCAGGACUCGCUUGGCUACGGCGUGGCGAACACUGCGCCGAGCGCACCGCCGACCACGCCUGGCACGCUGCGCGGGCGGAGCGGGACGACGUCAACCAAGUCAAAGAAGAGCGUCUUUGGCUUCGAUCUGCCGUUCUUGAACAACAACAAGCGGCCAGAGAUCAGCACGCCCUACGACCCCGUCCACCUCACCCACGUCGGCUUCAACUCGUCCACCGGUGAGUUUACUGGUCUGCCCAAAGAAUGGCAGCAGCUCCUGCAGGAGAGCGGUAUCUCCAAGCUCGAGCAGGAGAAGAACCCGCAGGCGGUCAUGGAAAUCGUCAAAUUCUAUCAGGAGGGCCGUGGGGACACAUCUGUCUGGGACAAGAUGGGUGCAGUGCACGCACCCCCGCCCGCCGUGGCGCCCCAAACGCAACCGAAGCAGUACGGCGACGAUGGCUUCCAGAACCCACGUGCUGCACCUCCGCCUCCGAAGAAGACGCCCUCCGCGCCUCCCUCCGCGCAGGGCUCCCCUAGUCCCCAUCGCAUAGCACCGCACCCACCGGCCACGACCACCGCGCUCGACCGGUCCACCUCCCAGCGCCUCCCCCAGAGCAAGCCACAUAAGCCUGGCGACCAGCUCUCGCGCUCGAACACAACGCGCGAUCGGCGCUCGCCUGGGCCCGGCAACGGUCAGGCGCCUCCGCCGCCCGUCGCGUUCCCAUCGCAGAAGCCGACCAAGACUUCGCCGGGCUCCUCGCAGACGGACCUCCGCCUCAAGCCGUCCGCGUCCAUGCGCGAGCGCGAGCGCCCCGGCCCAGACUCUCGUUCGCCGCCACAGCAGCAGCAGCCGAGUGCGGCCACGGCGAGCCUCCAGAAGGUGGCGAACGGGCCGGGCGCGACCCCACGACGGAGGGAGAAGAAGGAGAAGGACAAGGCGAAGGACGAGGACAUCGUGAAGCGGCUGCAGGCGAUCUGCACGGAUGCGGACCCUACGCGGCUCUACCGGAACCUUGUCAAGAUCGGUGCGGGCGCUUCGGGGGGCGUGUACACUGCCUAUCAGGUCGGGACGAACAUGUCGGUCGCGAUCAAGCAGAUGGACCUCGAAAAGCAGCCGAAGAAGGACCUCAUUAUCAACGAGAUCCUCGUCAUGCGCGCGUCGCGCCACCCGAACAUCGUCAACUACAUCGACUCGUUCUUGUACAAGAACGAGCUCUGGGUCGUCAUGGAGUACAUGGAGGGCGGCUCGCUGACCGACGUUGUCACCGCCAACCUCAUGUCGGAGGGCCAGAUCGCCGCCGUCUCGCGGGAGACGGCGCAGGGCCUCGAGCACCUCCACCGACAUGGCGUCAUCCACCGUGACAUCAAGAGUGACAAUGUCCUCUUGAGCAUGAAUGGCGACAUCAAGCUGACCGACUUCGGUUUCUGCGCGCAAAUCUCGGACGGCAACGCGAAGCGGACGACGAUGGUUGGUACGCCAUACUGGAUGGCACCCGAGGUCGUUACGCGGAAAGAGUACGGGCCAAAGGUCGAUAUCUGGAGUUUGGGGAUCAUGGCAAUAGAAAUGAUCGAGGGCGAGCCGCCAUACCUCAACCAAAAUCCGUUGAAGGCGCUAUACCUCAUCGCGACCAAUGGCACGCCCGCCAUCGCCAACCCAGAGGCACUCUCGCCCGUCUUCCGGGACUACCUUGCGAAGACACUGGAGGUCGAUGCGGAAAAGCGGCCGAAUGCGACCGAGAUCCUUCAGCAUCCGUUCUUCAAGCUCUCGGAGCCACUGAGGACACUGGCACCGCUGAUCAAGGCCGCGCGGGAGAUUGCAAAGUCGAAGUAA